AUGAUACACAGCUUGUUUGUCAUCAACUGCUCAGGAGAUAUUUUCCUGGAGAAACACUGGAAGAGUGUAAUCAACAAGUCAGUGUGUGACUACUUCUUUGAGGCACAGACCAAGGCAUCAAACCCAGAAGAUGUGCCACCAGUUAUUGUUACCCCUCAUCAUUACAUCAUUCAUAUCUUCCGCAACAAGUUAUACUUUGUUGCUGUUCUUACCACGGAAGUUGCACCCUUGUUUGUGAUUGAGUUUCUUCACAGAAUCUUUGACACGAUGGUGGACUACUUUUCUGAGUGUAGUGAGACAUCCCUCAAAGAACAUAUUGUCGUUGUGUAUGAGAUACUGGAUGAAAUGCUGGACAAUGGAUUCCCCUUGGCUGUGGAGUCUAAUGUUCUCAAAGAACUCAUCAAGCCACCAAACUUUCUCAGGACCAUCGCAGACACAGUCACUGGCAAAGCUUCUGGGUUUGGGGCAACUUUGCCCAGUGGUCAGCUGUCCACUGUUCCUUGGAGAAGAACAGGGGUCAAGUACACCAACAACGAGGCCUACUUUGACAUGAUUGAGGAGAUUGAUGCAAUCAUUGAUAAAGCUGGCAUUGCUGUCACAGCGGAGAUUCAAGGAUAUAUUGACAGCCAGGUCAAACUAAGUGGCAUGCCAGAUCUGACCUUGACGUUUGUCAACCCUCGAAUUUUGGAUGAUGUCAGUUUUCAUCCUUGUGUGAGGUUUAGUAGAUGGGAGUCUGAGAAAAUUGUCUCAUUUAUCCCGCCAGAUGGCCAGUUUCGUCUGAUGUCCUACCAUAUAGGGUCAUAUAACUCAGUAAAUUUACCAAUUUACCUGAAACACAGCAUUGCAUACAGAGAAGGAAGUGGGGGCAAGUUUGAUGUUACAAUUGGACCAAAACAGAAUCUGGGAAAGACGAUUGAGAACGUUGUGCUUCAGGUUCAAUUUCCCAAGACCGUUUUAAGUGCAACAUUGACUUCUAACCAGGGCAAAAACUCCUUUGACCCUGUGUCUAAACUGAUGACAUGGGAUGUUGGCAGGAUUGACCCUGCCAAGUUGCCAAACAUCAAAGGCAGU